AUGGGAGCACGCUCUGACGAAAUUAACACUAGUAGCAGUAGUGAUAGCAGUAGUGAUAGCAGUAGUGAUAGUAGUAGUGAUAGCAGUAGUGAUAGCAGUAGUGAUAGUAGCAGUGAUAGCAGUAGUGAUAGUAGUAGUGAUAGCAGUAGUGAUAGCAGUAGUGAUAGCAGUAGUGAUAGUAGUAGUGAUAGUAGUAGUGAUAGUAGUAGUGAUAGCAGUAGUGAUAGCAGUAGUGAUAGCAGUAGUGAUAGCAGUAGUGAUAGCAGUAGUGAUAGCAGUAGUGAUAGCAGUAGUGAUAGCAGCAGUGAUAGCAGCAGUGAUAGCAGUAGUGAUAGCAGUAGUGAUAGCAGUAGUGAUAGUAGUAGUGAUAGCAGUAGUGAUAGCAGUGGUGAUAGCAGUGGUGAUAGCAGUGGUGAUAGCAGUAGUGAUAGUAGCAGUGAUAGCAGCAGUGAUAGCAGUAGUGAUAGUAGUAGUGAUAGUAGUAGUGAUAGCAGUAGUGAUAGCAGUAGUGAUAGCAGUAGUGAUAGUAGCAGUGAUAGCAGUAGUGAUAGCAGUAGUGAUAGUAGUGAUAGUAGUGAUAGUAGUAGUGAUAGUAGUAGUGAUAGCAGUAGUGAUAGCAGCAGUGAUAGCAGCAGUGAUAGCAGUAGUGAUAGCAGUAGUGAUAGCAGUAGUGAUAGUAGUAGUGAUAGCAGUAGUGAUAGCAGUGGUGAUAGCAGUGGUGAUAGCAGUGGUGAUAGCAGUAGUGAUAGUAGCAGUGAUAGCAGCAGUGAUAGCAGUAGUGAUAGUAGUAGUGAUAGUAGUAGUGAUAGCAGUAGUGAUAGCAGUAGUGAUAGCAGUAGUGAUAGCAGUAGUGAUAGCAGUAGUGAUAGCAGUAGUGAUAGCAGUAGUGAUAGCAGUAGUGAUAGCAGUAGUGAUAGCAGUAGUGAUAGCAGUAGUGAUAGUAGUAGUGAUAGCAGUAGUGAUAGUAGUGAUAGCAGUAGUGAUAGUAGUGAUAGCAGUAGUGAUAGCAGUAGUGAUAGUAGUGAUAGCAGUAGUGAUAGCAGUAGUGAUAGCAGUAGUGAUAGUAGUGAUAGCAGCAGUGAUAGCAGUAGUGAUAGUAGUAGUGAUAGCAGUAGUGAUAGUAGUAGUGAUAGUAGUAGUGAUAGCAGUAGUGAUAGUAGUAGUGAUAGCAGUAGUGAUAGUAGUAGUGAUAGUAGUAGUGAUAGCAGUAGUGAUAGCAGUAGUGAUAGUAGUAGUGAUAGCAGUAGUGAUAGUAGUGAUAGCAGCAGUGAUAGCAGUAGUGAUAGUAGUAGUGAUAGCAGUAGUGAUAGUAGUAGUGAUAGUAGUAGUGAUAGCAGUAGUGAUAGUAGUAGUGAUAGCAGUAGUGAUAGUAGUAGUGAUAGUAGUAGUGAUAGCAGUGGUGAUAGUAGUAGUGAUAGUAGUAGUGAUAGCAGUAGUGAUAGCAGUAGUGAUAGCAGUAGUGAUAGCAGUAGUGAUAGUAGUAGUGAUAGCAGUAGUGAUAGUAGUGAUAGUAGUGAUAGUAGUGAUGGUAGUGAUAGCAGUAGUGAUAGUAGUGAUAGUAGUGAUGGUAGUGAUAGUAGUGAUAGUAGUGAUAGUAGUGAUAGCAGCAGUGAUAGCAGUAGUGAUAGUAGUAGUGAUAGCAGUAGUGAUAGUAGUAGUGAUAGUAGUAGUGAUAGCAGUAGUGAUAGUAGUGAUAGUAGUGAUAGUAGUGGUAGUAGUGAUAGUAGUAAUAGCAGUGAUAGUGAUAGCAGUAGUGAUAGUAGUAGUGAUAGCAGUAGUGAUAGCAGUAGUGAUAGUAGUAGUGAUAGCAGUAGUGAUAGCAGUAGUGAUAGCAGUAGUGAUAGCAGUAGUGAUAGCAGUAGUGAUAGCAGUAGUGAUAGCAGUAGUGAUAGUAGUAGUGAUAGCAGUAGUGAUAGCAGUAGUGAUAGCAGUAGUGAUAGUAGUAGUGAUAGCAGUAGUGAUAGCAGCAGUGAUAGCAGUAGUGAUAGCAGCAGUGAUAGCAGUAGUGAUAGCAGUAGUGAUAGCAGUAGUGAUAGCAGUAGUGAUAGCAGUAGUGAUAGCAGUAGUGAUAGCAGUAGUGAUAGCAGUAGUGAUAGCAGUAGUGAUGGCAGUAGUGAUAGUAGUAGUGAUAGCAGUAGUGAUAGCAGUAGUGAUAGUAGUAGUGAUAGCAGUAGUGAUAGCAGUAGUGAUAGUAGUAGUGAUAGCAGUAGUGAUAGCAGUAGUGAUAGUAGUAGUGAUAGCAGUAGUGAUAGUAGUGAUAGCAGUAGUGAUAGUAGUAGUGAUAGCAGUAGUGAUAGUAGUAGUGAUAGCAGUAGUGAUGGUAGUAGUGAUAGCAGUAGUGAUAGUAGUAGUGAUAGCAGUAGUGAUAGCAGUAGUGAUAGCAGUAGUGAUAGUAGCAGUGAUAGCAGUAGUGAUAGCAGUAGUGAUAGUAGCAGUGAUAGCAGUAGUGAUAGCAGUAGUGAUAGCAGUAGUGAUAGCAGUAGUGAUAGCAGUAGUGAUAGCAGUAGUGAUAGUAGUGAUAGCAGUAGUGAUAGUAGUGAUAGCAGUAGUGAUAGUAGCAGUGAUAGCAGCAGUGAUAGCAGUAGUGAUAGCAGUAGUGAUAGCAGUAGUGAUAGCAGUAGUGAUAGCAGUAGUGAUAGCAGUAGUGUUAGCAGUAGUGAUAGCAGUAGUGAUAGUAGUAGUGAUAGCAGUAGUGAUAGCAGUAGUGAUAGCAGUAGUGAUAGUAGUAGUGAUAGUAGUAGUGAUAGCAGUAGUGAUAGCAGUAGUGAUAGCAGUAGUGAUAGCAGUAGUGAUAGCAGUAGUGAUAGUAGUAGUGAUAGCAGUAGUGAUAGUAGUGAUAGCAGUAGUGAUAGUAGUGAUAGCAGUAGUGAUAGUAGCAGUGAUAGCAGCAGUGAUAGCAGUAGUGAUAGCAGUAGUGAUAGCAGUAGUGAUAGCAGUAGUGAUAGUAGUAGUGAUAGCAGUAGUGAUAGUAGUAGUGAUAGCAGUAGUGAUAGCAGCAGUGAUAGCAGCAGUGAUAGCAGCAGUGAUAGCAGCAGUGAUAGCAGCAGUGAUAGCAGCAGUGAUAGCAGCAGUGAUAGCAGCAGUGAUAGCAGUAGUGAUAGCAGUAGUGAUAGCAGCAGUGAUAGCAGUAGUGAUAGCAGCAGUGAUAGUAGUAGUGAUAGCAGUAGUGAUAGCAGUAGUGAUAGUAGUAGUGAUAGCAGUAGUGAUAGCAGCAGUGAUAGCAGCAGUGAUAGCAGUAGUGAUAGCAGCAGUGAUAGCAGCAGUGAUAGCAGUAGUGAUAGCAGUGGUGAUAGCAGUGGUGAUAGCAGCGGUGAUAGCAGCGGUGAUAGCAGCGGUGAUAGCAGCGGUGAUAGCAGCGGUGAUAGUAGCGGUGAUAGUAGCGGUGAUAGCAGCGGUGAUAGCAGCGGUGAUAGCAGUAGUGAUAGCAGUAGUGAUAGUAGUAGUGAUAGCAGUAGUGAUAGCAGUAGUGAUAGCAGUAGUGAUAGCAGUAGUGAUAGCAGUAGUGAUAGCAGUAGUGAUAGCAGUAGUGGUGAUAGCAGCGGUGAUAGCAGUAGUGAUAGCAGUAGUGAUAGCAGUAGUGAUAGCAGUAGUGAUAGUAGUAGUGGCGGCGGUGUUGGCGGCGGUGGCAAUAGCAGCAGUAACUCACGGACCACCUAG